CAUCAUCGACAUCCAACCUCAUUCCAUAUCCCGUCUUCCACCGCGCACAAAAGACCACCUGCUCUGCUCCAUACUACCUUCCAUUCACUGCCAAAAUGGACAACCGCGCAAUUCGCCUCCCCCCAACAACACGCCGCAACAUCUUCGCCGCCCACACCACCCAACAACAACAAACGCAAUCACAACAACCACCCGCUCGUCGGCAGAACCAAGCUGCACCUUCUAUCCGCCCCGACAGCCGCGAAAUAGAACAAGACAUCUUCAUGCAGCCCACCCAAGACGAGUUCGUUGAGCGCGACGACAUCGGGGAAUACGUUGUCAAAGCGCCGGCGCCUGUGUACAGGGAGAUGGGUGUGGGGAGUGAGGGGGAUGAGGAGGGCGAGCAAGAAAACGAAAUGAUACAACUCUACGGCAAGACCAACGCACAAUGGGAUGCCGUCGUCGUGGAAGAGGAGAUUCGGGCUGCGUUGAAGAGUAGUCUCAAGAAGAAGGUCGCUAGUUUGGAGGAUGAUAGGUGGAUGUUUGAGGGGGAGGGGGAGGGCAGGAAGUAGAUGAGGGUUUUGUUGGAGAUGGGUAUGUGGGGUUGGGCUUUUGAGAGGGAGGGUGGCGUUUGAUUGUAUGAUACCCUAGUAUAUGGUUAUUGGAAUUGAU